GCUGCCCCUGUCUUUGGGAGCUCCGCUCCUCCCGGUGCGUCCCGCCCGGCGGGCGCGACCCCAGGUCCUGGACUCAGGGCGCAUGGCGGCCCCGGUCACGCAGCAGGUCAGCGGCCGCGCUGCCCCGGCGCCCGUCCUGAGCGGCCCGGAGCGCGGGCAGUCCCUGGCCGACGCCGUGGCCGAGUUGCCAGUGCUGGACGCCUCUGGGAAGCGGGUGGCCUUCGGUGCGCUGUUCCGGGAGCGCCAGGCCGUCGUGGUCUUCGUGCGGCAUUUCCUGUGUUACAUCUGCAAGGAAUACGUAGAAGAUCUGGCCAAAAUCCCCAAGAGCUUCUUAGAAGAAGCAAAUGUCACUCUCAUAGUGAUUGGACAGUCAUCCUACCAUCAUAUUGAGCCUUUCUGCAAACUAACUGGGUAUGCUCAUGAAAUCUAUGUUGACCCUGAGAGAGAAAUUUAUAAAAGAUUGGGAAUGAAAAGAGGUGAAGAAAUUGCUUCUUCAGUGGUCUGGAUCCCCGGUGGCACAGCGGGUAAGCAUUGGGCUGCUAAUCAAAAGGUCGGCAGUUUGAAUCCACCAGCCGCUCCUUGGAAACUCUGUGGGGCAGUUCUACUCUGUCCUGUAGGGUCACUAUGAGUCGGAAUUGACUUGAUUACAACAGGUUUUUUGGUUUAUUAAGUGGUCCAGAUACACCAAACUACAAGAUUUCAAUUCCUGGGUGUAAUGACCGAGAAGACUAUUCAUGGACUACCUAUUGACUGAUAAAAAGAAGUUGCAGAAAAAUGUAUUGAAAACAAAAACUAUUUUCAUAAACGUAAAGGUCUAAAGUAUAUAUAUGUGUGUGUCAUGAAAGAGGUUUUAAAAGAUACUGCACUGUUUACCAUAAGGGAUGGGAAUGAGAAAGUGGCUUUUGUAUUUGUAUUUUUUGCAAUGAGUACAUUUCACUUUUGAAAUUAAAGGUAAUACUAAGUUCAUAUAUUUUCAUACCAUGGCUUUUGAAUACUCUGCGUUCUCUAAUUGAUGAGAUCCUAGUUAUCUUUUGAAGCCCAGCUCUUAAACGUGAUCUUAAUAGCUCUUGAAGCAGAAGUAAUUGCUUCCCUCAUUGUACUUUAAUAAUGGCACCUUGUACUUAACCUCUAUUAUAGCACUUAAGGUGACGGGGUAAUGUAAUUAGUUGAAGAGUUUGAUAUUUUAUUCAUUUUUGUCUUGACCACAUUCCCUGCCCUUCGCACGAUUCCCUGUAAUUAAUAGAGCUUAAUAAACUUAAGUUGAACUGUUAAUGUGUGUUUUAAGUAGAAAGAAAUUGGUUUCUGAAAUGCCAGAUAAAAGAAUUCAAACUCAAAUCAGUCAUUGUCACAAAUAUUACUGAACUCUUGUCUGUGACACCCACUGUGUUGGAUGCCCCCAGAGGGCAGUGAUAAAAGACACAGCCCCAGCCGUCCAGAAGUUCAUGCUGUACUCUGGGAGACAGAAGCAAACAAACAAGUACAGUGCAGUUUACGGGCUUUUUGCAAUAGAGGAGAGCAUGAAUACCUACAUGGGGAGAUAAGGAUCUGGGGAGGCUUCUCAGAGGAGGUGAAGUCUCAGCUCACUCUUAAAGGACCUCGGAGGGUGACGUAGAAAAGCACAGCGGCAUGAAAACAUAUGACUCGUGUGGAGAAGCGCAGUUGACAGCUGGAGUCUAGGGGUCAGAUGGGGAGUUGGUGUGAGCUGCGGAUAGGUUGUGGCCAGUUCAUGUUGAGUCAGGUGUGGCAGCCCAAGGAGUUUGGACUGAUUGUCAAGGCAGUAGGGCAGCCAUAAAAGUGUCUGAGGCAGAGGAGUGAUCCAGUCACAUGCCUGGUUUCGGGAGGAAUUGGAGCAGAGGUAUUCAUGACAAGGUUUUAGUACAGGCUAGGAAGAAAUGACAGGCCUGAAGUGGGGGUGGAAAAGAGGGAUGGGUCUGAGAGCUGCUUAUGAGCUAGAGUUGACGUGACCCCUUUACUGAUGUUUUUAAAGAAGGCAACCUAAACUGUAUUAAAACUCAGGGUGAGCCGGAGUAAACACAGCAUUUGUUUUUUUUUUUUCUUCCUCACUUUCUCUGUAGAAUAGGAAAAUGCAGCAGUCCAGGUUGUGAACCUUACUUUUUGGUACACUAUUUUCAUGUGCUAGAACGGAGUCUCAGCAUUUGUAAGGUCUGUUUAUCAUUUAGCACUUCAGAUAUAAACAGCAAGUUUUACCUCUCCAGUCAUUGCCACAAUAAAGGUAUGGGCUUGUGAAGAAAACAAAUGCAUUCUAAGGAAACAUAUGUUUUUAAGAGAGCAUAUUAAAAUCUUUUAAACUCCUUUGACCUGUAUUAAAGUACUGUGUUUCCAAAUAGGAAAUAUUAGGUUGUCAUAAAAUAAUUUUUUAAUGAUUCCUCAGUGAAAAACAGAAAGGCAUGAAUCUUAGAAUCAGUAUCACAGUAGUCCUACUUGAAAAUUAAGACAGUAGAAAGAUACACAAUUAUAAUUUAGAAUCAACAGAUACCCAUUUUAUGAAGAAAAAGAAUAAGAUAAAGCAGUUAACUGCAAGGGAGUAUUAGAUUUGAAAAAGACUAAAAACAGGAGUUUUAUACACAAGAACUAAAUUCGAACUGGCAAAAUGAGAUUGUGCUCAACAGCAGAGACUUAAAUUCUAGGUUGUAGAAUCUUCUACUGGGUUUGUAAAUUCUGUGAUAGUAAAUGACCUAUUCUUUGGCUAUAAGAAGAUAGCUUGGAUUUCUGGACAUUUACUUCAGAUACGUUGUUGUUGUUAGGUGCCGUCAAGUCGGUUUUCAAAUCACAGUGUCCCCAUGUGACAGAGUAGAGCUGCCCUAUAGGGUUUCCAAGACUGUUAUCGUUUUUUUCCUACUUUUUUUUUUUUAUUAUUGAGCUAGAU